CGCAGUGCAAAGCGUCAACGCAAACAGACCAAGAUCCAGAAGCAAGAAAGUGUUUAUAGCCUAGCCGGUGCGCGCGCGAGAGGGAUAGCCGAUUAUCAUCAAGCUCUGAGCUAGCAGAGAAGAUGAGCGCAUCGUCGUCCAUGACCAAGAAGGCGUCGUCGUUCGUGGUGGCGGCGAGCAUGAGCGCGGUGGAGGCGCUCAAGGACCAGGCGGGGCUGUGCCGGUGGGACUACGCGCUCCGCUCCCUCUACAACCGCGCGGCCGCCGCCAAUAAGGUCGUCGCCGGCCGCGCCGUCCCGUUGUCGUUGUCGUCGUCCCAAACCGCGGGUGGCAGUGGCAGCGCCGCGGCCGCCGGUAGGGCCGCCAGGCCCAGGCGAUCGGAGGAGGAGAAGAUGCACAAGGCGUACCACCUCGUCUGCUGGGGCCCUAACUAAUUGUUAGGGGCAUUCUCUUAUUAAUUACUCCUUUAUACACGCUGUCCGAUUCCUCCACUUCUUGUUCGUACACAUACAGAGAUGUAUCUGCAAAUUUUGUAUGUGUAAUCCGUCCUCUGGUGGUUUAUGCCACGAGAAUUGCUUAUUAUUGUUGGGUGAUAAACAAAUGGAAAUGAGAAAUUUUGUGAUGUGAUUAGUGAU